CCAGCCUAACCCAGCUCAACCCAACCCAACCCGGCCCGGCCAUGGCGCACUCGGCGCCGCUCGGCCUCCUGGAGCAGGGCUGCCCCAUCCAGGUGGAGCACGAUCGGAAGCGGCGGCAGUUCACCGUGCGGCUCAACGGUUGCCACGACAAGGCAGUGCUGCUCUAUGAAUACGUGGGGAAGCGGAUCGUGGACUUGCAGCACACGGAAGUCCCGGAUGCCUAUCGAGGGAGAGGAAUAGCCAAGCACCUCGCCAAGGCAGCCCUGGACUUCGUGGUGGAGGAGGACCUGAAAGCUCACCUGACGUGCUGGUACAUUCAGAAGUACGUCAAGGAGAACCCCCUGCCGCAGUACCUGGAACACUUGCAGCCUUAAGGCAGGACUGCUCCGACACCAGCGCUGUCCCUGACUGUUCAACGCGGCCUUCGCUUCUCUGCCGUCUCAGGAAAACCCCUUCCCACACUCACAAUUCCCUCUCUUUUGUUAAGUGCAUCCAUGUGGUGCAUGAGUGUGGGCACAGCCUCCUCCUCUCUGCCCACGUGCGAGCGCGGCUGCUGGCUCCAGGCACACGCGGUGCCUCUCGGUGCUCUUCCCAAGCCAGGCGAUGGAAGAGGAUGAUUCUUCCACCAAACUCCAUCACAAGAGCAGGGGAUGAGCUGAUCUGCACCCCAUCCUCUCCCCUUUGCCUGGUGACAGCUAUGAACUUGCUGAGGGAUGCUGGUUGGGGUGGUCGUGGGGGAGCUCCCCUUUCUUCCCAGCAGCUGGGGGAGAUGCUAUGGAUGAAGCCUUGUGGGACAGAGGGAGGUGGCAGGUUCAUCCCCUGCAGCAUCUGUUGGACACUCAGCACUGCUCAAGCCCAUGUGGAGUACAGAUGAGAACGUGGUGGCACCUCGGGGGCUUUGCUGCACCGUUGUGGAGGCACUGGGAUGGUGACACCUUCAAGUCUAGAGACAGGAGCCACGUAAGGAGUGGGUUUAAUCUGCAGGGGCUGUGGCAGAGCAUAUGCAGUGUGAGUGUGCAGAGGAAGAAAGGCAGCAGAUGCUGCUCCCUAGAGAUGCCAGCUCCUGUCUAGCUUCCUAUACAUAGCCCCAGCAUGGAAUCUCCGCAGGGUCAUGGCCAUCGUUCCUGUCUCUGCUCCCUGCUGUCGGUGUUGACCAUGCUGGUGUGGACAAAGCCUGCUCAGGAGAAGAGCACCAGUCUUGGCCUAAGCAAUAAGGGGACACCCCAUGCUUUUGCAGGCACCAGAGUGGUUUCCUGCCCCUGAAGAGGAAGGCUCCUCUCCAUCUCCCUCAACUCCAGCUCUGCACCCACAUCGUAAGGCCUGACCUGUCAUUGUGUCCUGAGAGCAACAGGGGUAAGGCCUCUGGGACCUGCUCCUAUCCCAGCUCCAGGACCCGAUGCUGGAGCCGCCUGCCUCCACCUGGAUGCUGAUCACUUCUCCUUACAGCCCUUGGAAAGAAGCCCUGGCUCAGGGCCUUACCUGCCUGCUCACUGGCCCCCUCACAGCUCCAAGCCCAGGGUGCUCUCCAGCAGCAGGAACACCCUUGUGCUGUUACCUCCAUAGGUGAUGACCCUGUAGCACAGCUCAGCACUGCUGCAGUUGGAUGCAGAGGUAACACUGUGAUGGCACUGCCUGCUUGUGGCUUGCUGCCUCUGCUGCCUUGCCCAGGCUUUCCCGAGCUUGAGUUACACCCCAGAGCAUCUCCCCUUGAUCCCAGGGCUGGGCUGUGGUGGGGACACCAGCCCUCAGCAGCAUGAAACAAGAAGCAGAUAAAGAGCCUUUCACCUGGAGGACAAAUCCAGCCCCAGCUUAUCUCUCAGCAGGGACUAAAGUUUACACUCUGUGCCAUGCACUGGAUGAAGCCCAGGCCAGGAGGCAGCUCAGCCUUCUCUCAGUGCCCAGCACCAAGCCCAUGGCAGCAAAGGCAAAAGCUCCUACACCCUGGUUGCGUUGGUCAGAGAUGGAAACCCUGUGCCUGAUCUCAACCCUGAGCUGUUCCUUCUGGCUCGAGGCUGCCUGCCUCUGCUUUUGGGCUGCCCACUAUCAAUAUAAC